CGGGCGGCGCGCAGGGACCGUCGGGAGCGGGGCGGACGCUCGCGCCCCUCCUUCCCCCUUCGCUUGCGCUCUGCGGCGCGCUGGGGCUCCGGAGCCGACAUGGGCGCCGCCGCGUGGGCACUGCUGCCCGUGACGCUGCGUGUGUCCCUCCUGUUGCUGCUUCUGUCGCUCCCGGGGCUGCCUGCGGGCUCCUGGGACCCGGCCGGUUACCUGCUCUACUGUCCCUGCAUGGGGCGCUUUGGGAACCAGGCUGAUCACUUCUUGGGCUCCCUGGCAUUUGCAAAGCUGCUAAACCGCACCUUGGCUGUUCCUCCUUGGAUCGAGUACCAGCAUCACAAGCCUCCCUUCACCAAUCUCCAUGUGUCCUACCAGAAAUACUUCAAGCUGGAGCCCCUCCAGGCCUACCAUCGGGUCAUCAGCCUGGAGGACUUCAUGGAGAAGUUGGCACCCACCCACUGGCCCCCUGAGAAGCGGGUGGCGUACUGCUUUGAGGUGGCAGCCCAGCGAAGCCCUGAUAAGAAGACGUGCCCCAUGAAGGAAGGAAACCCCUUUGGCCCAUUCUGGGAUCAGUUUCGUGUGAGUUUCAAUAAGUCGGAGCUUUUUGCAGGCAUUUCCUUCAGUGCUUCCUACAAAGAACAAUGGAUCCAGAGAUUUUCUCCAAAGGAGCAUCCAGUGCUCGCCCUGCCAGGGGCCCCAGCCCAGUUCCCUGUCCUGGAGGAACAUAGGCCACUCCAGAAGUACGUGGUAUGGUCAGACGAGAUGGUGAGGACAGGGGAGGCCGAGAUCCGUGCCCACCUCAUCCGGCCCUACGUGGGCAUUCAUCUGCGCAUUGGCUCCGACUGGAGGAACGCCUGCGCCAUGCUGAAGGACGGGACUGCGGGUUCACACUUCAUGGCCUCUCCGCAGUGCGUGGGCUACAGCCGCAGCACAGCAGCCCCCCUCACCAUGACUAUGUGCCUGCCUGACCUCAGUGAGAUCAGGCGGGCCGUGAAGCUCUGGGUGGGGGCACUGAAUGCCCAGUCGGUCUACGUCGCCACUGAUUCUGAGAGUUACGUGCCCGAGAUCCAACAGCUCUUCAAAGGGAAGGUGAAGGUGGUAAGCCUGAAGCCUGAGGUGGCCCAGGUUGAUCUGUACAUCCUCGGCCAAGCCGACCACUUUAUUGGCAACUGUGUCUCCUCCUUCACCGCCUUUGUGAAGCGGGAGCGGGACCUCCAGGGAAGGCCGUCCUCUUUCUUCGGCAUGGACAAGCCCCCUCAGCUGCGGGACGAGUUCUGAUCCUGGCUGCAGCACAUCACCAGUCUGAGCUGGUCCCUCCAGCCGGGCCAGGCAGCUAGAGGUGCUCCCCAGAUUGCAAGCUCCUCUUCUUAAGCCAGAGAUGGAGAAAGUUACCAGGGACUUCCUGGGGCAGGGAAACAGUCCCUCUCUCCAGGGCUUAGGACUUCUGAGCUCCUAGGAGCAGGAGCAUCUCCCCAUCUCAUGUGCUUCCUGCUGUUUCUCCUGGGAAUUUCUCAUCAGCAAAGCAGUCCACCCUCUGUCUUUUGGUCUGCCCUGCUGUGGACAGCCUGGGAUGCUGAACUCUCUCCAGAGAGAUUUUUUCAUAUAGAGAGAGAUUUUUAUAGUUUUGAUACAAGAUCAUGACUACCCUAGAACUCUCCCUCAUUUUUAAAUAUCAGUGAAUUCCAUUAAGGUAGGUACCUCUAAAGUGACCUUAACUGAAUAUAGAUGAGGCCAGGGCUGGGGUGAGUCUGUUGGCCACUUUUCCAGGUGUCCCCCAAAGUGGCCCUCAAGACCUAUCCCCACUGCCUGGCCAGAGCCAUUGUCGUCCCACUUCUUAGGCCAUUUCUAGGGCUUGGGGCAUGAACACUCUUCCCCAUUAUAAACACUAUGCAAGUGGAAGUUAUCAAUCAUGAUGCUGUAUAGCGCUGCUAGGGCAGCUAAGUGCCACUCACACAGCGCGAGAGUUCCCGGCAAGGAGCACACGCCAUUAAGCAAGAUGAUCAUGGUAUUGCUCUCAGAGUCUUUCGGUUAUUGGUGGUUGCCACAAACCUGGCACCGUCAGAGUCACAGAAUGCAUCACUGGGGGUUAGGGCUUACUGGCCUGGCAGGAUCCUUCUGGAGUCUGCCCUCUCCCCUUCUGAUCUCUUGCCCCAAGGGGUUGGUAUCCAAAGCCUGUUCUCCCAACCUCCCUCCUGCAGCUGGAGCCCUCAGACCAUAUUUUCACAAGGGAGUGUUUGCUAGGUCUCUGAUCACAUAGAAGAUGCCCAGGAUCCAGGAGCCAUUGGAAUUUCCAGCUGGAAGCAACCUUUGCUCCUUUUCUUCCAAUGUAAUCCUUGCCAGUGCUGUGAGGCUUAAGGUGUCGUAAGUCGGGAGUUUCUUUGUCUUCCAGAUGCUGCAGUUUUAAUAAUCCAUGACUCCUGAGAUCCCAUGUUUUUGACCUUGUGGUUCUAAACUUCAACAUCUAACGCCUGUGUAUCUUUUCCCUGCCAUGUGACCUCCUCGGCCUUUGAUCCUGGAAAGGUGGCAGAGCCUCUGCUGAGAGCCGGCCCGGAGCUCUGUGCAGGGGCUUCUCCCUUAAUCACCUUUGGGAGGAAAUGCUUAGUCAGGGGCAAACUGGGUCAGAGGUCAGAGAUCGCAGGGUAUCAAGGCCCCCAAAACACCAAAGUCAGCAUUUGCUGUACAGCGCUAAGCAGGAGAAACUACAGGAAAUGCUUUGUAUUUUUCCCUCUUGGGAAAACAGUUAAAUGUUUUAAAUCCUGGGUGGACUAUGAGAGAUGGUUCACCUGUCCGGACUUGUUCUCAAGCCUCAUCCAGAGAAAGGGCUGCAGACGAGGAAGCCCAGGCACCCCUGCCUUUAUCAGGUGGUGCAAGUGGAUGGCUUGAUAGCUGAUUGCAUUUCUGAAUUUAUUUACCACCCACAGCCUUACACGAGGCACACGCUUUAGAGUCUGGGGCUCCAGUGGGCCGUGCAAACCAUCGUGAUCAGCAUCAGUAGUAAUCUUAGCUUGUGUUCUGGAAGAAAGGACGCCGGAGUUGUAGCCAGAUUCAGUUGUGUUCUGUGGGCAAGCACUUUACCCUUCGACCCAGUUUCCCCACCUAUAAAGUGUUGAUAAAACUGAAGGGUUGAAAGGCUCAAAUCAGCUAAUGCAUGUGUGUAAGAGCACGUAGUAAACUUGAAAGAGACAAAGGCGUGUACGUGGCUGUCGCUCAGUCUGACUGCCUCUCCUUGCGUACCUACCCAUGCUGGGCAUUGUGCUUGCUGAGCACUCCACGGACGUUAUCUUGUUUAGUCCCAGCCCUGGGAACUAGGAGCUGUUUUCAUCCUUCUCUUUCUGCACAAGGAAAAAUUAAUGCUCAGAGAAUUCUCAUAAUUUUCCCAAGGCUGCCCCGUUGGUGGUGUUAAGCUAGGAUUUGACCUCCUAAGCCAGUUCUGUCAGCCACCAUGCUCUGCUGCCUCCAGUUCACAGAAGGGACCUUACACCUUGUAUGCCACGGAGGCCUCCGAGGGAAAAAUGCUCAGCCACCUUAGCUUCCACUGGGCACCUGCUGUGGGUCUGCCACUGCCAGGAGGUUUCAGGAGGGGGCGGUUACCCCAGACACAGCCCACCUGAAGCUUACAGUCUCCCUUGGAUAGUUAGUUCAACAUUCUUUCAUUCAACAGAUGUUUAUUAUUGAUCCGCCUACUAUGUGCCAGGCUCUGUGCCAGGUACUAGGGAUGCAGCAGAAAAUCAAACAUAAAGUCUUUGUUCUCAAGGAAUUUGCAUUCUAGAAAGUGGAAGACAUAAACAAAUGUACUGUGGGAGGUGUUGAUAAGUGCUGUGAAGAAAAAUAAAGGGUAUGGGGGUGUAGAGCGAGAGCCCAGAUAAGGCCUCUCUCAAAAGCUGCCAUUAAAGAGGGAGGGAGCACACUGUUCAGGUAUCUGGAGGUAGCUCAUUCCCAGGAGAAGAAACAGCAUGAGCAAAGGCCCUGAGGCUGGAGUGUGUGCCUGAAGAGCAGAAAGGAGGCCAGCGUGGCUAGGGUGGCAGGCACAAAGCCGGGAGAGGUAGGGAACAUAGCAAGGUGACGGUCCUAAAGCCUGGAGGGCCCUAGUAAGGUCUAGAGUAGGCUGUUAGUGGGAGACAGAGGGGAAGCCUUCCCAGGGUUCUGAACAGAAGAGGGUUGUGAGCCCCUCUAGCCAGCACGAGGAGAGGAGGAAGGGUGAAAGCAGAGCAACUCUGUGGGGCUGUUGGGGCUGUUGCCGGGAUACAGGAAAGUGAUGGUGGCAGGGGUGGGGGUGUCCCCUAGACUAGAACUCCAGUGCUCUCUUCUAAGAGGCAAAGGCUAUUGCUUUGAAGGUGGUUGGAAUGAUCAGAUUCUGGAUAUGUAAAAUUAUUUUUAAAUUUCAGUCUUUUAAAGAUAUAAAUCUUUGCAUAGUUUUAAUCAUGCAGUAUAUACAAUUUAAUGUCCUGGUUUUUUACAUAA